AUGACAUCUGUAUCAUCGGAUUUCUUCACUGGUUGUUUUGUUUCAGUUUUUGAUGUACUUGCUGGAAUAGUUUUACACAGUGCCGGAGUAGUUACUGAUGAUCGAGUGCUUAGUGUUAUAAUCGAAAGUUGUCCUACAGAUUUUGUUGUAUCUUCUGAUGAGUGUCGUCGUUCAAGUGAUUUCGAUAAUUCUUUCGGUGGUAGUACUCGUAUAUGA